GGAGAUAGAGGUACGUAACUGUCGAAAGAAGGUUCAGAGAAAGUCCGAGGAAACCUCUCCAUCUCCUUUCUCCUUCCGAAAGGGGAACGGGCACUUCAUUCAUUCAUUUGGAACGUCAUUUGACCAUAAAAAAACAUUAUUGUUUUUGCUAAAUUCCAAAUCUUUGGUGCCCGUUCUCCUUUCUGACCCAAAUCCAAUUCCAAUUCCAAUUCAUGGUGGGGUUUUGAAUUCCCUCUUCGAUUCCUUUUCCUCCACUUCCGGUUCACAAAACCCACAAAUCUGAUUCCCUUUUUGCAACCAAAGGCUGCGGCUUUCGAUUGGAGGGAAUUUUGGGUCCGUUACCGGAGGAGAAACCUUUGAUGGGUUGUGUGUGAUUUUCGAUUUCGUUCAUGUUUUGUGAGUGUUUGAUUUUAGGAGUUUUCGAUAGUUUUCGGGUCGGUUUUUAUAUGGGUGUUUGAUGGGUUUGUGAUUAAUUUACUUGAGCAUUGCUGUAAUAAUUGGAGAAUUUGAGUGUUUCCGUGGUGUGGUUGCUCGGUCAGAUUGGUAUCCUUGAAUGUAUCUUGCUAUCUGUGCGGUGGAGGAUCGGCUUCUGAGCGUGCCCGACUCGAAUCUGGGUGUUCUCAGGCCGUUUUACCUGCCCAUUGAGCAAAAGGCCGUCAAUUUUUGUUUUCCGAGAGAUAGAUGGGAUAAGGAGUUCUUCAAGUUGCAGAGCGGAUAAUAAAUUACCUGUCGAAUUUACGAAAAGUUUUGGCUUUGGUGGUUGUUUUGUUUCAAGAAAUUUGAGAUGGGUUCGACGCAGAGAUCUACCUUGUCAACAAAUGUGGCGGAAUUGGUUGAUGCUUCGCAAUCAGCCCGCCAAGAGGUUUCGUACAUUGGUAGUAUGCCGGUUUAUGUUAGGGAGUUCAUUGCCGGGGGCGCUGCUGGAGGAUUCGCGAAGACUGCGGUUGCGCCGCUGGAAAGGACCAAGAUACUCUUGCAGACAAGAACAGAGUUCCGUUCUCUCGGAGUGUGUCAAUCUCUGAAGAAGUUAUUUCAGCAUGAAGGUGUUCGAGGAUUCUACAAAGGAAAUGGAGCUAGUGUCGUUCGAAUUAUUCCCUAUGCAGCCUUACAUUACAUGACAUAUGAGCAGUACAGGUGUUGGAUCUUGAACAAUUAUUCUGCUUUAGGUUCAGGGCCUCAUAUUGAUCUUUUAGCCGGUGCAGCAGCUGGAGGGACAGCCGUUUUAUGCACGUACCCCUUGGACCUAGCUCGCACCAAACUUGCUUAUCAGGUUGUUAAUACUAGAGGCAACUUUGAUUAUGGUAUGAAAGGCGCACAUGCUCAAGUUGCUUAUAAGGGCAUAAAGGACGUGCUUUCAAGUGUUUACAAGGAAGGGGGCUUGCGUGGGCUCUAUCGAGGUGUAGGCCCAACACUCACCGGAAUACUCCCUUAUGCUGGUUUAAAGUUCUAUAUAUAUGAGGAACUUAAACUCCAUGUUCCUGAAGAGUAUGAAAAGUCCAUUAUGAUGCGUCUUUCCUGUGGAGCUUUGGCCGGGUUAUUUGGGCAAACUCUGACAUACCCCUUGGAUGUCGUUAGGAGGCAAAUGCAGGUUGAGAAUUUGCGGUCUUCAGAUCAUGGCGGUGUUAGGUACAGAAACACAAUGGCGGGUCUUAAAUAUAUCAUCCGAAACCAAGGAUGGAAAAAGUUGUUUUCAGGCCUAAGCAUUAAUUAUAUGAAGAUCGUUCCUUCUGUGGCAAUCGGUUUCACUGCAUACGACACGAUGAAGGUUUGGCUCCACAUUCCGCCCCAUCAGAAGUCCAAUCAAUAACUGCUGCUGCAUGACUGGAGAUUCAGAAUGUGUAAACUUACAAAUUCCACCCAAUAGUUAGAAUUUGAUGCUAACAGAGGCAUUGUAUCUCUCUUAAUCAUAAGAGAUGAUUUUACCAUUGUUAUUGAAAAUUGGAUUUCUACAUAUGCUUUUCUUUCACUCUUUUAUUUAUUUAAUUUUUUGACGAA